CCUGCUUUGGGAUAAGCUGCCCUGUGUGUGCCUGCCUCAGCAAGCUGAAAGCUCCCACCUCGAUUCCAACAUCACACCAGCUCCCAGCCCUUGAAUCUCACUAGGACUUUGUCUGCUCAACUCCAGAGCCUGCUGAGCUCUGCCCUGCUCCUGCAGCCCAUGAUUCCAUCACUCUAAUGAGCUGAACGAGCCCAGCGAGGAGCUCCAGGCUCUGUCUAACACACCGGCCCUGUUGCAGAGCUCAGCCCUGCAGUGGUGCUGCAAGCGGCUCCCCCAUGGCUGCGGCCAGCGGCGAGGGGACAGCAGGGACCCGGCUGCUGCCAGCUGGCACUGCCCUGGCCCUGCUCGGUGGCCUGGUCUACCUGGGCACCCUGUGUGCUGCCUGCAAACGGAAGGGCAGGAAGAAGGUCGCUCCAGACGGGGUGAAGCUUGUGGAUGAGGCACUGCUCUGCCAGACACAGCUGCGGUCACUCAGCAAGUCAGACACGAAGCUGCACGAGCUCUACCGGGUGAAGGUCAGAGAUGAUGUCCAGCGUCCGGCCAGCCUGGAUCUCCCCGGUCCCACGGCCCCUGGAGGGGAAUCCCUGCACAGCUCUGGCCUCCUGCACCGUGAGCUGCCCCAGAUCCCCAUCCCUGAGCCCCCAGCAACUUCCCCAGCCCCCGACCAGACCUACUCCAACCUGCUCUUCACCCCGCUGCGGAAACCAGUGCCUGACGCUGUCUAUGAGUGCCUGGCAGUGGGGGAAGAGGGCACCCCGGUGCCCCCCGUGCCAGCUGGCACCCAGGUGUCCCCUCCACGGGCCGUGCAUGGGGCAGCCGAUUACGCCUGUGUCCAUAAAGUGAAGAAGGCAGUGUCGGUGGAGGUGCAGGAUGGGGCUGUGGCAGGACCCUCCAGAGCACAGCAUGGCACAGGCAGUGCCCCUCAUGCCAAGCUGGAGGAGAUGUACUCGACGGUGUGCAAAGCCACCAAGAAGAAAUCCCAGGUCCCUGCAUCAACCCCGAGGGCUGUGAAGGAGGCAGGGUCUGCGUGGCCGCCCCCCUGCCAGCAGGAGGGGGCCUCAGCAGCCCCAGGUCCCCCUGACCCCUGUUACGAGUCCAUCAAUGACAGAGCAUGGCCUGCUCAGGCCCGUGGCCCAGACCCUGACUAUGAGGCUGUGGACAUUAACUGGAAGAAGGCAGCAAAACGGGACAAGCCGGGGAAGCCCUGUGUCCCCGAGAACCUGUAUGAGAGUGUGGUGGAUGUCUGGGCAGGGGGGUCCCGGAAAGCCUCUGCCCGUUCAGCAGCCAACGGGCUGGAGGUGUACAUCACCAACCUAUAG